AUGACUUCCGGGUGGAAAAUCAUCCGUGGAUCAGCGACUUCAUCAGUUUCCUCCUGGAUCCCGUGGUUUCGUCCGAGAAUGUUUUGUACGAAUUUGGCGCGCCAAUUAUUUAGCCGAGACGGUGGUGCCAAGCGUGUGACGAUGGUGGGGCUCUCGGCAUCGGAGCUCCAAGCGGAGACGCUAUUCCCUGGUGACACGGUCGAAUACUACUCUAUGGCGUUCGUUGCGGGGGACCCGCGCGGCCAUCGUGUGUCCAAAGUUCUCCGUAUAGACCGCCAAGAUGACGAGUUCCCUAUACGCGUGGAUACUGAGGAGAUGCUCCCGCUGACCAUCAUGUUGAAGCGGAAUCGAGACCGCAACGACGUCGAAAUCUCGUCCAAUGGCGAGACUACCAGCUGUCAACGCAGUUCGAUCGAGAAAAUUUCGACACCAGAACGGAAGAAAAAGAAGCGGAAGCCAUUGACGCCAAGAGAAAACACGGAGCACUAUUCAAGUAGUCGGUCUCAUGACAAGGUCGUCUUGAAGAAGAGUCGAGAUGUUGAAAAGUUUUCUAGAAAGAGCCGACCUGAGGACGACAAAACGCGGCCGGAGCAGAAGUUCAAGUAUGACAAACACGAGUCACGUAAGAGGAAGCGAAGCGAUUCAACGCUAAAGAAGAAGACCAGACCGAUAGACACAACGCCCAAGAAAAACCAAGAGAGGAUCAGCAGAUUCUUCGGUGCUGAGCAGAAACAACGUCAACCGAAGAAGAAAUCGGGAAUCGAUUUAAAGAGGUUUAUGAAUCAUGCUGAAGAGAAAUAUGAUAUCAAGGCGAUCGAGAACAAAAAGCGCACAGUUUGGGGUUUGGAUGAAUACUUCGAGCUGGAUGAGAAGAAAAAAGAACUUGAAGCGGAGAAAAGUACAGGAGCAGGAACCAACCCAUGCGAUAAGUCUGGAAACAAAGAGUGGGGCGAACAGCGUUCGAACUAUCGCAAGAAUAACGCAGGGCCAAGUGGGCCACUCCAGUCGUGGUUGAGUAAAGGCAAACGGAAAGACGAACUAGAAAUUAUCAGCAGCGGAACCCCCACCAAGCCACAGCGACCCAAGCAGCGAACACUGAAUCUUGUUCCUGACAAGCAAAGAUCUCCCAGGAUGGACCGAAAGAACUUGAGCUUUGUGCUGUCCAACAGCUCAAGUGAUGCUGCUUAUUGGAAAGAAGCGAAGCAUAGCAAGAACCGAGAUGAUUCUGCUUCAAACGAACAUGUUCAGCUUCGCAGAAAGAGAGGGUCUCUGGGCACUGUAAGCGCAAGAGUACGUUGA